UUAAGGGUGUCCGUGACAGGAAGUCGACUCAUUCUGUGUGUGUGUGUGCGUGUGUGUGUGUGCGUGUUUCAGAGGAUGAAGAAAGAGUGUAGUGUGAAGAGUGUGAACACAAGCCGGCAUGAAGAGACACAAACACUCUCCCGGCUGGUUGGGGAGUCUGGCCAACCUCUCUAAGCUCCGCCGGCCGUCCUCCCGACGCAAGGCCUCCGCCCCUCCGCAGACCGGGCGCUUUGACGACAGCGAGUCCGCCCCCCAGCCGCGGGGCUACGCCCGCUCCAGUGCCAUGUACACCCACGUGGGAACGGUGCCUCGCGGAGGCAGGCGGCUGAGCGGGAUGGACAAAGAGGAGGAGGGGGGGGAUGGCGAGGAGAAGGGGACGAACGCCGACUGCGUGCGGGACUCCCCCCUGCUCGGGGCUCUGUCCAGCCUCAGCCUCGACGCUCCGGAGCAGCCCGGCUUUGCUCCGGCCCCGCCGGGCAUGGACCGAGAUCCCGCGGCUGCGCGGCUCAUGUCCAAAGGCGCUCCAAGUACUCCAAGUACUCCAAGUACUCGGGCUCCGCAGGACGUCUAUGUGCACAUGGAUGCGCUUGGCAGGCACCAAACCACGAAGGACUCACCGGAAGUGGAAAACCUGUCCAGUCCACCAGAUGGCGGUGGCGAGUAUGUCAAGUUCUCCAAGGGCAAGACGUUCUGGCUGGAGGAGCAGCUGCAGGAAGAACUGAGGAGCCACGCCUGGUACCACGGACCCAUCACCCGACAGGUGGCCGAGAGCCUGGUACUGAACCAGGGGGACUUCCUAAUCCGGGACUCCGAGUCCAGCCCGGGCAAUUUUGUCCUGACCUCCCGCUGGGACCAGGAGACCAAUCACUUUCCCGUCCGGACCACAGUGGUGCACUGCGGAGUCCAGUACAGCCUGGACCGGGAGGUGUUUGACUCGCUGCCCGCCCUGGUGCGUUUCUGCGCGGGGAGCAGCCGGAGCGCCGCCAAGAUCCGGCAGCCGGUGAACAGGACGCUGCCGCUGAGCUACCCGCAGACGGCCGUUGCUCCGCCCCCAUGUCAGCUGACCCCGAGCCAGGCGGAGGAAGUCGGCUCCGAAAGCCCCUCGUCUUUGCACCGACGGGACCGCCGACAACCAGCGUUCUCCUCCUCCGCCGACGACACGGCUCUUCAAUCUACCGAUGCCGCCCCGUCACCGUCUCCUCCUCUUUCCGAACGGGACCCGGACAUUGGGCCUCCAGACUGGGACGGAGGCUGCUACACGGAGGUCUACCCGGGGCCCCGAAGCUUCGUGGAGAGGCUCCGUGACGAGGAGGGUCAGAGGGCCAUGGACGUUUACCUGUCUCCCGUGAUGGAAACGGCGUCGUCCUUCGCCCCCGCCAGCUACCGCUCUCCGCUGAUGCCUGGGGACAACAAGCCCCUGGAGGUGGGCAUCCUGCAGCGGGUGAAGGAACUCCUGGCUGCGGCCGAUCCCCGGACGGCCGCCCGACACAUCACCAAGUGGGACUGCACGGUCGCUCAAAUCCUGGAGGCGCCUCAGGAGCUGCAAAGGCUGAUGGGAGUCAGCUCGGGCGUGGAGCUGCUCACGCUGCCGCAUGGACAGCAGCUCCGAUUAGACCUGCUCGAAAGGCUGCAUACGAUGGCCACCGUGUUGGCGGUGAAUGUGUUGGGGUGCACCGGCACCACCGAGGAGCGAGCCUCCGCACUGCGCAGAAUGAUCGGCAUCGCCGCCGAGCUCAAGUGCAACAUGGGCAACAUGUUCGGAUUCUCGGCCGUGAUGAGAGCUCUGGACCUGCCGCAGGUGAGUCGCCUGGAGCAGACUUGGACGGCAUUACGGCAACGGCACACGGAGGACGCCGUUCUCUACGAGAAAAUUCUGCGGCCCUUCCUGAAGGGCCUGAAUGAGGGCCGAGAAAGCUGCCCCGAUUCCGGGACCACUUUCCCUCACGUCCUGCCGCUGCUCUGCCUUCUGGAGAAGAGCGUGGCCCUGGACGAGGGGCCGCCGGGGGCCGAGGACACCGCGGGGGCCGAGGCGUGGGAGACGGCGGAGGGCGGCGCGGACGUUGACGUGCUCAUGUUCCACUUGGAAGCCGCCAGGAAACACGCCCAGCUCGGCGCCGUCUACACUGCCAAUGCACGCAGCAAACUGCAAGACUUCCAGGAGCGGGCGGACUUCUCCGAGGUGUUCCGCACGGACUUCCAGAUCCGACUUCUGUGGGGCAGCAGGGGAGCGUCGGAGAGCCCGGUGCGUCGCUACGCCAAAUUCAACCAAGUGCUGAGCGCCUUAUCGAACAGGCUGGAGCCGAUGCAUGAAAUCAUUCAUUGAUUUCUGCGGUGGUGAUAACAUUUCAAAUAGGAGUCGAAUUAAAAUGGAGUGAAUGAUAAACUGUUUCAUUUAUUUAUGAAUUGACUUGUGGUCAGCAAUAACAAUCUAUGUUCUUGAAAUAAUAUUGCGCAAAGCACAUUAAAAAACGGAGAACAUUUUUGUUCACUCUUUUAACUAUAAAUGAAAAUUGACAACUUUUCCUUUCAUUUAAUGGUUUGAUGAUGAUGAUAAUUUUUUUUUUACUGCCAUGCAAGUACACCCAAAAGGUACACCUUUGGGUGUACACCUACAGAACCACACCAAAGACCUCAGAACUAAAGGAAACGUUUUCUGAAUUCAUGGCAUGAAAAUGGUGAA